UCACAACCACAACCACAUAAGCAUCACGCCAUGCCUGACCACCAGUGGCCACUUGCUUCACCACCUUAUCUCCACUAGACUUAAAACACCAUUCUGGAGGAAUACUGAAGUUUUCUAUAUAUAUACACACACAUAACCCUGAUUCGUAACUAACGUCAAGUAAACUAGCAGAUCCAGAAAUCUUUUUCAAUUGGUUCAUUUUGUUUCAAAAACCCCAGGAUCCACCCCUGGUCAAGUACCUUCAACAAAAGAACACGUGGAACAGCCGGACCAACCACAGACAUGAUCAUGGAGUCGGAGAAGGAGGGAGAGUUUUGGUUCCCGAAAUGCUACUGGUUAAAAGAGACUAACCUUUGUUGGUUCAUGGGAAUGCUUUUGUUGGGUGCCUGUGCACCCUUUGUGUAUGACCCGGACGCAUUUCGGGUUUCAGUGGUGUUGUCUUUCUUGAGCGGUUUUGGUGUGACCCUAGGUUAUCAUAGACUACUUACACACCGCGGUUUUAAGGUCCCUAAGUUAAUUGAGUAUUUCUUUGCUUAUUGUGGUGCUCAUGCACUCCAGAGAGAUCCAAUUGUAUGGGUAAGGACACACAAGCUCCAUCACAAGCAUGCAGAUACACAAAUGGACCCUAAUAGUCCUACCCAAGGUGUAUGGUUAAGUUACCUUGGUUGGUUCCUAUACAACGACUAUGUUGCUACCAAGUGUGGAGAAGUAUCAAAUGUUUCGGAGCUAGAAGCACAAGGUUUCUAUCGGUUUCUUCAUGACACAUACUUUUGGCACCCCACGGCACUUGCAACAUUGUUAUACCUUUAUGGGGGCUUUCCUUACUUGGCUUGGGGAAUGGGCAUGCGAAUAAUGGUGUCACACUUGACGACUUACAUUCAAAACUCUGUUAACCAUAGUUGGGGUGAAAGGGCUUGGAACACCCCCGAUACUUCCACGAAUAGUUGGUGGGUGUCGAUGCUAUGUUUGGGAGAGGGUUGGCAUAACAAUCACCAUGCUUUUCCAAAAUCAGCUCGACAUGGACUCGAAUGGUGGCAAUUGGACCUCACAUGGGAGUUGAUCAAGCUUCUUACGGUUUUUAGACUCGUGACAGAUGUUAAGGUACCCACAGAGGUCGAUAAAAGAAGAAUGGCAUCAUUGGUCCCAACCAACAACAACUGAAAAUAGAAGCCUUAACCGAUCAUGAUUAGUAUUAUGUUGGAGCUGAUAACUCUAUCACAAAACGUUUAGCAUAGGCCAUCAAUAGGGGUUUGUUUAUGGCUUCAUAAUCAUUUGAUUUAGAUAUUGUUUCUGGAGUUGUGUGGUAUGCUAUGUUGAAAAAUUUUAGUGUCCUAUCAUUAUUUGGAUCAUGUGGACCAUGGUUAUAUAUAUCUCCUCGUUUCUCUCA